UCCGAGGCACCACCGGCCUACAUUGAGUUCAUGAAACGAGCUUGGGCGGAGACCCCUGUGAUGAGACCGUCUUUUGAAGAAAUUCAUCAACAACUGCGGACCCUAAAUCAAGGGAAGAAAAUCAACAUUGUGGACCAUAUGUUUAAAAUCAUGGAAAAGUAUUCAGCCGAUCUGGAAGAUCAAGUGCGUGAACGGACGGAAGAACUGGAAACGGAAAAGAAAAAGACCGAAUUAUUGAUCGCAAGAAUGUUACCACCUGUGGUCGCAGAGAGUCUCAUGUCGGGCAAACCAGUCUGUCCGGAAGCGUUUGACGAAGUGACAAUUUAUUUCAGUGAUAUCGUCGGGUUUACAACUAUCUCAGCUUUAUCGACUCCACUUCAAGUUGUGGAUCUGCUGAACGACCUAUACACGAUGUUUGACGCAACUAUUGAUUACUAUGAUGUGUACAAAGUUGAAACGAUUGGUGAUGCAUACAUGGUUGUGUCCGGUUUGCCCACGAAAAAUGGUCGGUUACACGCCGGAGAAAUCUCGACAAUGGCGUUGGAUUUGCUCAGUCAGUGUGGCACAUUUGUCAUUCGGCACAUGCCGGAUAUGCCCCUGCGGUUGAGAAUCGGAUUACAUUCUGGUUCAUGUGUGGCCGGUGUUGUUGGUUUGACAAUGCCAAGAUACUGUCUGUUUGGUGACACCGUGAAUACAGCGUCUCGCAUGGAAUCAACUGGUGCAGGUAUAGCCCAAACCCAUCAAUCACAUUGCUUUUUCUCGAAUGCCACAUAA